UGAAAAUGAGAUUAGACAAAACUGCCUCUGGUGUUUGCCAAAGAAUUUCUUUUAACCAGCGUACUCAGAACGCUGAUGAGUCGGCGGAAGAUUUUUUAUUAGCAUUGAAACUUCAGGCUGAGCUGUGUGCCUAUGGUGCGUUUAAGGACACGGCAAUACGAGAUCGUUUGCUGGCUGGUUUGAAAGACGUUAUGCUUAAGCAGAGAAUUCUAAGCGAAGCUGAUCGAACCCUUGAGUCUGCUGAGAAAAUUAUACAGACCUGGGAAGCGGCAGAAAACAAUGUUAAAACUUUAUCUUCUGAACCAUUUUCUAUUCACAAUGUCGUUUCUAUGGCUUCAAAUGGUAAUACAAUGGGAAAAGCUAUGGGUAAACUGGCAGCGGCAUAUAAUGCUGCAAAUAAUUCAAUUCCUCAGAAACAAAAUAGCAGAUUACCUGUAAAAGAUAGACUAGGGUUCAGGCCAUAUGGAAAUCCUCGAUAUCAAAAGCAUUUUGGAUAUAAUAGAUAUCAACAGAAAAAUACUUGGAAACCAAAUAGCAAUUUUAAACCGGCAGACUUUCGAGAGAGCUUUGAAACUAGAAUUUGCGAUUUUUGUGGGGUAAAAGGACAUUUGAAGAAACGAUGCUUUAGGUUGAAAAAUAUGAAGAAAGAGGCCGUUAAGCUGGUGGAACAAAUGAAACCCGGAACGUCAGGUACGAGCACGCAGAAUAUUUCAGAAUUGAUGAACCGUAUGAGGACUGAGGAGUCUGACAACGAUGAUUCAGACGAAGGUGGAAAUUGGAAACGUAAGGGUCAACGCACACAGAAGUCAGCUUAGAGUGACUAAUUCGGACUCAAUGGUCCGGCCGAACAUAUUUUGUCCUGGGACGAUGGCAGGAUCGGCAAACGCAAGAGAUGAAGCGGAAGAAGAUUUCCGAGGUUUUCCAAGUGAAGAAUUAAGGAAGACUCGAAAAAGGAAGAAAACUGAAGUUAAUAUUUCGCCAAUCAGGCGCUCGAAAAGAUUGAAGACAAAGAAAUAUGAUAAUGAUUUUAUAUAUAGCUGAUAAAUUUGUAUUAAACAGAAUUGAUAAAUGUCAAUUCUUCUCUGUUUGUAAUAUACUUCGAGAUCUUUAGGGGGAAGAGCUGUUAUGUAACACUUCUCCAAAUGUGUCCACCUUGUACAUUACAUGUUCGAAAAAAUCCAAUCUAA